AUGGCCACCAUAACCUGCAAUCGCUUCACCGAGGAAUACCAGCUCUUCGAAGAACUGGGCAAGGGCGCUUUCUCCAUCGUCCGGAGAUGCGUGAAGGUAUUGGCAGGGCAAGAGUAUGCAGCCAAAAUCAUCAACACCAAGAAGCUGUCUGCCCGAGAUCACCAGAAGCUGGAGCGGGAAGCUCGGAUCUGCCGUCUCCUGAAGCAUCCCAACAUAGUGAGGCUCCAUGACAGCAUCUCUGAAGAGGGUCACCACUACCUGAUAUUUGACCUGGUCACAGGCGGGGAGCUGUUUGAGGACAUCGUGGCCAGAGAGUACUACAGCGAAGCAGAUGCCAGCCACUGCAUCCAGCAGAUCCUGGAAGCUGUCCUGCAUUGCCACCAGAUGGGGGUGGUACAUCGGGAUCUAAAGCCAGAGAACCUGCUGCUGGCAUCCAAGCUGAAAGGAGCAGCUGUCAAGCUGGCUGACUUUGGCCUCGCCAUUGAGGUGGAGGGGGACCAGCAAGCAUGGUUUGGUUUUGCUGGCACUCCGGGAUACCUCUCCCCAGAAGUGCUCCGGAAGGAUCCCUAUGGCAAAGCUGUGGACCUGUGGGCUUGCGGAGUCAUCCUCUACAUCCUGCUGGUCGGGUACCCUCCCUUUUGGGAUGAAGACCAGCAUCGCCUCUAUCAGCAGAUCAAGGCCGGGGCCUAUGAUUUCCCCUCCCCUGAGUGGGACACGGUCACUCCUGAAGCAAAAGAUCUCAUCAAUAAGAUGUUAACCAUAAACCCAUCCAAACGCAUCACAGCAGCAGAGGCUCUGAAGCACCCCUGGAUAUCGCACCGUGCUACCGUCGCAUCAUGCAUGCACAGGCAGGAGACUGUGGACUGUUUGAAGAAAUUCAACGCUCGGAGAAAGCUGAAGGGAGCAAUCCUCACCACCAUGCUGGCGACACGCAACUUCUCCGGAGGCAAAAGUGGUGGCAACAAGAAGAAUGACGGCGUGAAGAAAAGAAAGUCCAGUUCCAGCGUUCAGUUAAUGGAAUCAUCGGAGAGCACUAACACCACCAUUGAAGAUGAAGACACCAAAGUACGGAAGCAAGAAAUCAUUAAAGUAACAGAGCAGCUGAUUGAAGCAAUAAGCAAUGGUGACUUUGAGUCCUACACGAAGAUGUGUGACCCUGGAAUGACUGCUUUUGAGCCUGAGGCUCUGGGGAACCUAGUGGAAGGCUUGGAUUUCCAUCGAUUCUACUUUGAAAACCUGUGGUCCCGGAACAGCAAGCCUGUGCACACGACAAUCCUGAACCCCCACAUCCACCUGAUGGGAGACGAGUCUGCCUGCAUCGCCUACAUCCGCAUCACACAGUACGUUGACGCAGGAGGGAUCCCCCGCACUGCCCAGUCGGAGGAGACCCGCAUCUGGCACCGUCGGGAUGGCAAAUGGCAAAUCGUCCACUUCCACAGAUCUGGCGCGCCCUCUGUCCUACCGCAUUGAAGUGUGGGCUGGCCUGUGUCGGGUUUGUCACUGACUCACUACAACGGGGAGAUUCCCUCCAACUCUUCACCUAUGGGACUUUGGCUGUUGGCUCUGCUGCUUGGUUCCUGCUGGAAUUCCUCUCACUUAUCGCCAUGAACAUGCAAUGGCCCCACCAACACGACACACACAUUGAAUCAAAACCCCCAUCCCAUCCUUUGCAGCCAUCCCUGCCAGGGCCUUUGCACUGGGCUCCCUUUCUCUGCAUGAAAGAAGAGAAGAGAACCUGUUAACAAAAACCUCUUAUUUGGCCGGCGGGAAGAAUCAUGCCUGGAGUAAAGGCCUCCACCACCACUGCAUGGUAUUCCUGGGCUCCUGCAUGUCCUCAGAACUCAGCACAUCUCAUGAAAUGCGACAGGACUUGCCAUCUAUCUCCAUCCCAACUUCUGCUGAGAGCCUCAAAGGCCCCAAGGAAGAAGAAAGCACGGAGGCAGUUUUGAGCCACUCUGUGCUGGUUGGGGCUUGAGUGACCCUCUCAGCAUCAGUGGAUUUUUGUCUCGCUGUUACCAUGGUCCCAUACCUGAUGCUGUGGCUCUCACCUGCUCCCACUUUGGACUCUUCCUCAACUCGAGCUCUCACUUCUUGGCAGCCUCAACUGAGGAAUCUCACUUUAAAUUAUUUGCAAAAUUCAGCUUCUAGCACCUGUGGGUGAAGAGGGAUUUAUCUGGAUGGGUGAGUAAAGGCUAUUUUUUAUUUUCUCUUCCCAGGAGUGUAGACUGGCUUCUUCCCAGGAGGGUGAGUAGGUUUGUUCCCUAGCACUGGGGAGCUGUUAUGCCAACAGGCAGCGUGCUGUCUGAGCAGGGACACUCUCCCUCCUUCCUCCCUUCUCCCUUGGGAGCAGGGACUGGAGAAGCUGGGAGAAGAGAGGAAGAGUAUGCAACUGCUCCUCUGCACUGCACUGGCCCAGCAAAGGAACCGGUGGCCAGAGGGACAGAGAGCUCAGCUUGCAGAGCAGCGGCCAGGCAUCUCCACAAGGAUGGGCUUGGUACAGUAGCAGGCUCUUAAUGUACAUCAUUCCCUGAACCAUCCUCCCUACGCAGCUUCCUUUACCCCAGCUGACUUGGCACCCAGCUGUUGUCCACACCAAGCACCAACCUCUGCCCCUUGCAUGCAGCACCUGGACCUUCUCCCAGCACCCUGAACUCAAGCACCACAGCCCUCGCUGUAGUGCUGGAAAUGCUGGUGCUAAGGCAGCCAAGCUGGCCACCCAUUCGAGAUACAAAACUUCAUCUGCCAUGUGACACCUUCCAGCAAAGACGAGGAAUGCAAGCUUUAGUAAUAAAACUCUGCAGAAUCUGAUCAUGCUUUGAAGAAACAAACAAGCCUUUAGCUAUCUCUUCUACUUUGAGCGCAUGCCUUUUUAUAGGAAAAAGAAAACAACCUACUGUGUAUUUCGUAACUUGAUUUUGAGUAUUUGAUGACAUGAAUCUUUAUGUAAUAACUAGAAACAUUCAACUGUUUGGGGUGGGGGAGAGGUUUGGGGGGGUUGCUGUUUUUCGUUUCAUUUGCCUUUGGAGUGGGGUCGUAACGAAGUGCCGUUCCUAAUGGGACCCCACGGCUGCAUCCCAGGGUCCGAGCGGUGGAGCUGACCCGAGCUGGGUCUCCCACCUUGUGCCCCAUGGGUGGCUGUGAUGGCAGCAAGGCCACCAUGGCUCGUUGCAGUUGCCCUGGCCAGGCAAAGGCAGCAGCCUCCUGGGCACAGCUAUGUCCCCAAGGGCCCUUUCUGGGCGCAUGUGGAUUUUCCUGAAUGGCAAAGCCAGGCAGUGGUUCUUCAGGAGCCAUCAGCAGGUGGUUUUCAGGAUAGAAGACAAAGCUGGAACAGAGAAUUUAGGUAUCACCUCUUUGCCUUCAGGCAGAGGUCUGAGAGGUGUGAGAGUGGUUAUUUUUCUGGUAAUCCUUCAAUUUCUUGUUCUCUUUUUUUUCCAACUGGAACUUCUUUGCUCGUUGAUGUGAGAUUACUGCAGUGCACUGCUGCCACUGGGGGACUUUCUAACUGCACUAUCUUCAUCUGCAUGGCAUUUAACUUUCUAGAUGGUGCGUGUAUUGAAAAACAAAGAAAUGAACAAAAAACGCUUGUUUUGGACAUAAAGAGGAAAAAAGAAAAAAAAAAGGAAUGUUUUCUCCAUGUAAAUUCUGAUUGUGUAUUUUGCCUUUUCUGUGGUUUUUGAAUGCUUUGCUCUCUGUCUAGGCAGGGGCGGCUGCCUCACGAAACACAGCCACAUUCUUGCAGACUGCAAAAAUAUUUUCCCGCUGGAUUGAGGGGAAGAAAUCCAAACUGUCAGGGCAUUAACAGUCUUGGAGAGUUGUUCGGCAUGUCCCGCUGCAGGGCGAGGCGGGG